AUGGGCGACUACGAUUAUCUGAUCAAAUUUUUGGCGUUGGGUGACUCGGGUGUUGGCAAAACGUCAUUCUUGCAUCGCUACACGGACAACACGUUCACCGGCCAGUUCAUCUCGACCGUCGGCAUCGAUUUCAAAGAGAAGAAAGUGGUGUACAAAAGCGCGCGCGGCGGAUUCGGUGGGCGUGGCCAACGGGUCCUUCUCCAAUUGUGGGACACCGCCGGGCAGGAGCGAUUCCGAAGUCUGACGACGGCGUUUUUUCGCGACGCGAUGGGCUUCAUUCUGAUCUUCGACAUCACCAACGAGCAAUCAUUUCUGAACAUUCGCGAUUGGCUCUCGCAAUUGCGCGUGCACGCUUAUUGCGACACACCCGACAUCAUCAUUUGCGGCAACAAGGCGGACCUCGAGAAUCGGCGACAAGUGAGCACCGCGCGCGCGAAACAAUUGGCCGAUCAGCUCGGACUCCCCUAUUUCGAGACGUCGGCGUGCACGUCGACGAACGUCGAGAAGUCGGUCGAUUGCCUCCUCGAUUUGGUGAUGCAGCGGAUUCAGCAGAGUGUCGAAACGUCGAAUCUGCCGCUAUCCGAAUGCCGCGGUGUGAGCCUCGACAAUGAUUCGGGCGCGAGCGCAUCGUAUUGUGCCAAUUGCUAA